AUGGCCGGCUUGCCUAAGAGAAUCGUCAAGGAGACAGAACGACUUUUGUCGGAUCCGGUCCCGGGUAUCAAUGCCGUACCUCACGACGACAACUUGCGCUAUUUCGAUGUUAGCAUCCACGGCCCAGCAUCAUCGCCAUACGAAGGUGGCAUCUUCCGCCUUGAACUGUUUCUGCCUGAAGAUUAUCCCAUGGUCCCCCCCAAGAUUCGAUUCCUGACCAAGAUCUACCACCCCAAUAUCGAUCGUCUUGGGCGGAUCUGUCUGGAUGUCCUGAAGAGCAACUGGUCCCCAGCCCUCCAGAUCCGUACCAUCUUACUCUCAAUCCAGGCUCUGCUAGGAGCCCCCAACCCUGACGAUCCCCUUGCAAACGACGUUGCGCAGCGCUGGAAGGAGGAUGAAGCCGCGGCAAUCAAGACGGCCAAGGAAUGGACCAUAACCCAUGCGAUGACUUAG